UAUUCGAUUGUAGCCGUAGCGACGAUCCAGUUGACGAAUUUCUUCUUUGCGAAAAUCCCCUUUGAUCAGUCGUCUGAUUACUUUUGUCUAUUAUGCACCUUCAACAUUUUGUAGCUGCUGUAUUGGCGCUUGCCGGUGCCUUCGAUGUCAUUCUUGGCCUGGGCAUAAUUGUACCGGGCACGAAAUGGUGUGGUCCAGGCAAUAUAGCGAUCAAUUACGAUGAUCUGGGCAUCGAAAGGGAGCUGGACAUAUGCUGUCGCUCGCACGACAACUGCAAGGAAAAAAUAUCACCGCAGCAGGAAGACUAUGGCCUGAGCAACGAUGGGAUCUUCCCCAUCUUCUCCUGUACCUGCGAAUCAGCUUUUCGAAAUUGCCUCACUUCCCUGCGCAACGGACAUUCGUUGACAUUGGGCCGCAUAUACUUUCGGACCAAAGAAGUCUGCUUUGCCUAUGGUCAUCCGACCGUCUCGUGUCGAGAGAAUCAGGUGGAGAUGUUCGAGAAGCGCUGCCUGAACUAUAAAGUGGAUGAAACACAGCCGAAACGCUGGCAGUUUUACGACCUGGCCUUCUACACACAUGUUGAUGCCCAGAGCAAAUAAGAUUGAACUAUGGCAUUAGCCAGCGAUAAGGCCUCCGAUUAUUUACAAAUACAUAAGCCUGCGAUUCUAUUCAAAUCAAAAUUCCAUUACUUCGAA